CAUGGAAACUGACGACCAGGACGCUUUUGAGACAACAGCUGAUGGACAGCUGAAGAAACCGUCACGUUUGAAUUCUGAUUACAUUGAUUCAGUUGUUCUUCUGCUGGUACUAAUUGUCGGUGUUCCGCUUAACCUGAUUGCACUGUUUCGACUACGUAAACAGUAUAUAACCGGUAAAAUUAGCAAUCGAACUGGGCAAGAUGAAACUCGAAUUGGUUAUUUAAUGCUCAAAAUUCAAUUAACUGUUGUCGAUCUCCUACUUUUGAUCUUUUAUAUACCACCAAAACUUUUGUGGCUUUACUAUUAUGAAUGGCCUUUCGGAAAAUUCACAUGCAAAUCUGUUGUCUAUCUAUGGAUGUUUGCACAUCAUUUGAUGUCGUUUGCGAUUAUGAUUAUUGCAAUCGAUCGAGCAAAAACAGUUUGGAAUUUGAUGAAAAUUAAAAUUAAAGGGCGAUUUCCACGGCCAAAUUCAAAAAUCAGAUGCAUUAAAGUUAUGAUUACCCUAACUUAUGUAUUAGCCGGAAUAUUGUCGCUGCCUCAGUGGUUUGUCUGGUCAAGCUAUACUUUUGGUAACUGGUCUCAGUGUACCACAAUGUGGCAAGCAGCUAAAGCAAGAGAUUUUAGCGAAAAAAAAGAAGAUUGGAAGUAUUUUUUUCAAUGGGAAACUGUCUACAGUGUUGCGCAUCUACUGACCAUGUUCUGGGUGCCGUUCCUAAUAGUUGUCAUAUCUUAUGCCUGUGUUGCUGCGUGCCUAUGCUUUUAUUCAUCUACUCCAAAGACUGCCACUCUUGUUACUCAAGGAACGCAGGAUACUGAAGAAAGGACUCAAAUACUGGUGGAAAGCGGCACCAAAAGCGAAAUCACACAAUCUGACUCCGAAAAAGAGCAAGGCUUAUCAUCUUUUAUUCUGCUGACUGAGGUUGUUUCAAACAAACACUAUAGCUCAAAAUUAGUUUUAGGUCGGUCUAAAAGCAUACCUACCUGGCAAGCUACAAUGCGAAGUCGGUUAUGCCACACAAGCGCCCAGGUGAUUAUUGCCUAUUUGGUCUGUUGGCUUCCCUACAACCUCAUACAAAUCUCAGGGUAUAUAAAUACUGAUGUUGCAAUUUUUCUAUCUGUUCGCUUUGACAGCAUUUUUAAGCUUUUUGUUUUGUUUAAUACGUUGGUAAAUCCAUUUAUUUAUGGCUUUCGUGUUGAUAUUUGUUUCUCAAAAAUUAGUCUUAAAAAAUAUAUUUUUUUCAAGCGUAAUUGCUGAUC